GGAGGUUUUGAGAUGGUUUACUAUGGAGUUCUAGAUGACACUCAAGUAGCUGUGAAAAUGAUUUCUCCAUCAGCAAUACAGGGCUACCAUCAGUUUCAAGCAGAGGCAUGUGCUCAAAAUAUCCUAUUUAAUUUUCAGAAAAAGAAAAGUUAGCUCAUACCUCUUUGCUAGGCUGAAAAAAAUCCACUUUUCUCUCAGGUUACAAUUCUUAUGAGAGUUCACCACAGAAAUUUAACAAACCUUGUAGGGUAUAUGAAUGAUGGAGGUCACCUUGGCCUCAUUUAUGAGUACAUGACCAAAGGAAAUCUGGCCGAGCAUCUUUCGGAGAAAAGCUCAAAUAUCUUAAGUUGGGAAGACAGACUUCGAAUUGCAGUAGAUGCAGCUCAAGGACUAGAGUAUGUGCGUCAUGGUUGUACGCCAUCAAUAGUCCACAGGGAUGUGAAGAAAAAUUUGAACGCCAAACUUUCUGAUUUUGGACUUUCAAAGACUUACCCAACAGAUGACAAGUCCUACAUGACCACUGUUAUUGUUGGCACUCCAGGUUACCUUGAUCCAGAGUACUAUACAUCAAACAGGCCAACUGAAAAAAUUGAUAUGUACGGUUUUGGAGUUUCCUUGAUGGAAAUAAUUAAUUGCAGACCAGAAAUGUCAAACACCCCAGACCGAGAAAUAAAUUACAUAGCCAAAUGGGUUCGUACCAUGGUUGCCCAGGGAGAUAUCAAGGUUAUGGAUGCCACUCACUCCAGUCCCAUGCCAAGGUGAAAGAAAUUCUACAAAUCGACCUCAACUUUUUUCUGGUUUCAAGUUCCAUCUUCCCUUUGAACUAUUUGAAUUGGUUGUAUCCAAUCUUCAUUUCAUCAAAUAAAUCGUUGGAGAUGAUGAAAUUUAGUACAAACAUAGGUUA